CGCAAGGUACUUCCGUUUACAGUAGCAGCAAAGUACGCUUAAAUUUGAUGGCGAAACGUCGUUCAAAAUGUGGAAACCAGUGACGGAAAACAAGGUUGCAGUUGCCAUUUGGACAUAUCGGAAGUCUCAUGAAAAUGAUCUAUCCUUGAAGAUCGGUGAUGUUGUUUGUCUCUCAGAAUCCAUCGAUGGAUGGUACAGAGGCCAUGUUCCCCCAAACAAGACAGUUACAGGGAUCUUCCCAGCUUCCCAUGUACAUCGCAAGGAGCAAUCCAGCAACCAGGGGGAGAGUCUCGAAGACACAGACAGUCUCAUCGAAGAGUUAGACUGUGUCUUGAAGGAAUGGCAUUCCGUCUUGACGGAUCGGUUCAAAACAAACGAGAUGCUAUGGUUCAGCGAGCUGCGUAAGGUCAUGCUUGAGUUGAUCGACCUCAGACGACAGCUCAUGUCUGGUCAGCUGACCCAGGAGCCGGCCAGAGAGGUCAAGAUACAGAUUACCAAUCGCAUCGAUGUGGGUAAUGAGAGGAUGGGACUGGACCUGAUACCCAGCGUGGAUGGAAAGAUCAUCGACACAAACAUAUGUAGCAUAGUUGAUCUUCAUCAAGUGCAUCUCCAGAGUGUUGCGCAGACUGCUAAGGUAUUACCGGUUGUCAUGGACGCCGGUUGGCUCUUGGCUGUCAAAUCUGCGGGCAUCGAUAUCGCCCCGCCCUCACAGAUGCGUGUGGAGGGGAUGGCAGCGUUUGCUCACCACAUUCACCUACAACUCAAGAACUUUGGCUGCAGUAUUGGCGAGGAGGCAGAAGCGUUCUUCGCUUUGUACGAUGCUAAAGAGAGCAGAUUCAUCAGUGAGCGUUAUCUGGCAAAGUUCAACAAGCUGGGUGUACCAAACAACAUAGACAGAAUUGGCAACCUGUGCACAAUAUUCAGUGAAUUGAGCAACAAAGACAUAGUUCGAGAGCUUUAUCUGACCUGCCAUAUCAUUAGGAAAGGUGCCAUGCUGACCACAAAGAAGGCUGCCUCAAACUUCAGGAGACCUUACGGAUGUGGAGUUGUGAGUUUGUCGACUGUUUUAUCGGAACCAGUUGAUGAUGUGUCCUCAACAGCGAAGGAGUUUGUCAUGAAGAUUGUUCAAGGAUCAUCAGAGGCUGAGUUCUCACAGCUACACGACAACAUCAUCAGGAAGCACAUGAGCAAAUUAGGGGCUUCCAGCACGACCAACAUCGGCAUCUCGCUGUCACUGCGAAUGCUUCAUGGUCACUUUGACCAGCUGAAGAGAGAGAUGCCGUUGCUGUUCAGCAAAGGGGUGACCAUCACCCGUAAGCUGGGCUUCUCUGAUGUCAUCAUGCCAGGUGACGUGAGGAAUGAUCUCUAUCUUAUGCUGGAUCGAGCCGAACUUGAGCGAGGAAAGAAAACAGCCGGGAAGAAUGUUGAAGUCACGGUUCACGUCAUCGAUGGCAACAACAAGAAGAUGAAAUGCAUCUCUCUUGGCGGGGACGAGGAUGAAGUAGAUGAGUACCGCUCCGCCAUCUUCUACCACACCAAUCAACCCCGCUGGAAUGAGAACAUCCGCCUCAGCAUUCCCAUGGAGAAGUUCAAAGAUACACACAUACGCUUAGAGUGUCGCCACUGUUCCGCUACCAGGGGGGACAGGAACCUGUUUGCGAUGGCGUUCAUGAGACUCAUGAAAGAGGAUGGGACGACUGUGGAAGACAGCGAGCAUGAGUUGUUUGUUUAUAAAUGUGCAGAGAACCAGGACUUUGAGAAGCCAUUGUACCUGAACCUGCCGUCUUGCACCCAGGAGAUGGUGACUAGGUCCUCACCAGCUUUUGGGAAUAACACCUUCAAUAGAAACAUGAGAGAAACCUUCUUCAUUAGGACCAUCAUCUGCUCUACCAAGCUGGCGCAGAACGUGCUGCUGCUUGACUUAUUAAAGUGGAGAGGUCAUCCUGACAAUCUCAAGGAAACUCUGCAUCAUUUAACCAAGGUCGGAGGUCAAGAGAUUGUGAGGGUUCUUCAGGACAUCCUUGAUGCACUGUUCAACAUCUUGGAUGAGAAAGCCCAUCACUAUGAGAAGGACGUCUUCGAUGCUCUUGUCUAUAUCCUGGGAAUCUUGGGCGACACCCGCUUCAAGUCCUUCACCACAGUCUUGGACACCUACAUCGAUAAAUUCUUUUCCAGCACACAAGCCCACAUGUUCUUAGUGAAGCAGCUGAAACGUUAUGUUGAUGACUCGGUAACGGAGAGAGCCGAGACUGUGAUUGCAACACUCAAGGCUGUACAGAACCUCUUCAAGUUCAUCUUCAGGUCCCAUGUUCUUUACAAAAAGGCAACAGGUGAUUUGCAUGAUGGGAACAUCCAGGACAGCAUGCGUUGUCUUUUUGCCUCGAUGAAUAAAUUGAUGUCCCAUACAGAGGACAAGGUCAAGCUACAUCAGCUGAUCCUGUUAAAGAAUUUCAGCAUGAUUGCCACCGAGCUGCGUGUGAUGUAUAACGCUGCGGAGGUGGCUCAGUUCAUCAUCGAGCUCCUGGAGCACAUGCCAAGGAAAGCUCUUACCCCCGAGAUCCUCAAGGCCAAACUCGUCUUUAUCUCCGAGACCAUCAAGAGCAAUCUCUUCAAAGAUUCAUCGUCUAGAUUUUUUCUGUUGGAGCCGUGCACCAAGCAACUGAAAUACCACAUAGAGAACAAGAAUGAGCUGGUGAUGUGUGUCGACAUCUUAGGAAGUAUCCUCUCAAACUUGCACAACAUCUCAAAGACGGAGAGUGUGGACAGUGAUGUGAGCAUCUUAGUCAAGCAUUUAUUUGAGAGCAUCUUGGACUUAGUGAUGUCCCUCGACAAAAAAUCAGGGGUGUUGUGUAUCACAUGUCUUCUUCAUCUUCUCCACUUCAUGAAGGAGUCUCACUACGAGGAGGUCAGAUCCAGCUUCGUGGACAGUGAGAGACAUCGAGACUUCCUUAAGAAGGUCUUAAAGGUCUUCAAGGACCUGGCAUCCAGGAAUAUCUACCCAUCAGAGUGGAUGGCCAUGAAGAUGCUGUCACAGAGUGUCAUACUCAAUGCAACCAGACGUAUAUCUGUGGACCUUUCCAGCACAUUCCUGAAUGCAGAGAAUGCUAAUGUACAGAAUAAUAGCAGGGCUUUCGCCGGGGAGAACUGGUUGGAAAGGAGAAUUGGAUUUGAACUGUGGUUUGACUACUUCCGUCUGGCCUGUAUCUUCAUCACCCAGCCCUGCUUGCAGUUUGAGACAAUGACCCACGCUAAGCAGGAGAGGAUGAUGAGCCGUCAUGGAGACAUGAGGGUUGACAUGGCUCAGGAGAUCGUCAGCAAGUGGCAGAGCUUAGGUGACUACAAGAGUCUAUUCCGUGACCUGACCCGACCUUUUCUAGAGGUCACCAUGGUGAGACAGGCAGAUAUCCGUCGUCUCAUCCUGCCCAUCAUCUUUGACAUCAUGUGCUGUGAGAAGCUGGAGAGAGGCACGUUUGGUCAGCUUGAGGAUGAUCUGAUAGACAAACUAGACACAAUGGUGUGUGUAGAGAAGAAAGGAGAUGAGAACUAUGCAGUCCUCUUCAAUCAAGUUCUUCUUGAGUGCAUUGCCAGCCAGCCUUGGCGGGAGGAAGGUGAGCAGUUUGUUGAUAAAGUCAAGCGCUUGUUGGAACGUCUGAUUGACUAUCGCAACGUGUCCGACGGUCGAGUGGAGAACAGGCAUCUGCGACUCAACUGCCUGUACAACCUUAUGAAUUUCUACAAGGAUGACGCUAACCGAGAGGACAUCUACACCCGCUACAUCUACCGUCUCCGAGACCUCCACCUGGAAUCUCAAGAUUACACGGAGGCUGCCUUCACGCUGAUGGUGCUCGCUGAGUCUCAAGACUGGACGGAUAAGAUGCUCCCACCGGAUGAUAAGCAUCCUAAGCAGACUGAGAUGAAGAGAAAGGAGGCUCUCUACCAUGAGAUUAUCAGAUUACUGGAUAAAGGAGAGAUGUGGGAGUUUGGAAUCCCUCUUUGCAAGGAACUGACGACACAGUACGAGGGAAAACUCUUUGACUAUGAGAAAAACAGCCGCAUUCUGCAAACUCAGGCGUCGUUCUAUGACAACAUUCUGAAGAAACAGCGACAGCCACCCACCUACUUCAGGAUCAUGUUCUACGGAAACUUCCCACUGAAGAGCAAAUCUUGGAUUUACCGCGGCCGGCCGUUUGACCAGCUUAGCACCAUUCAGAACCAGCUGCAGGCGGACUUCCCUCGAGCCAAGAAGUGGAUCAAGGUGGACCCUCCGUUCAGCGCUGACCUCCGAGACAACACUCAGUACAUCCAGAUCAGAGCGCUAGAGACUGUUCCGACCGACGAUAACUUCAAAGGCAUGAAAGUUCCCAUACAGAUCAGCAGCUACUACGAUAGCCACAAAAUCUCCAAGUUUAAGUUUGAUCGGCCCUUCAACAAGGGCGAGAAAGACCCCAAUAAUGAAUUUAAGACUCUGUGGGUUGAGCAGACGACAUUAAAGAUUGAGAAUACGUUUCCAAGUCUACUCAGAUGGGCUGACGUUAUCAGCACAGAAACGGUUGAGAUUACGCCGAUCCAGAAUGCUGUGGGUGUGAUGGAGAGCAAGAAUAAAGUAAUCCGGAGCAUGAUCGCUGAGAUGUACGCUAACCCUGACCGUAACAUCAACCCACUCAGUAUGAUCCUACAGGGGACCAUUGAUGCUGCUGUACAGGGCGGACCCAAGAAAUAUAAGAUUGCCUUCUUGAGCCCGGAGUACAAGAAAGCCCAUCCUGAAGACGGUGAGCUCUGCCUCAACCUUGAGAAGCUUCUUAUGGACCAGCUGAAAAUACUGAAAGAGGGAGUGGACCUUCAUGAACGUCUCUGCCCUGACGACCUCGCAGAUUUCCAGAAGAACUUGGCCACUAAGCUGGUAGAGCUACGGAGAUACUUCGGUCUGACGCCGGUUAAUGCAAGAGUUGGGUCUAACCCGACCACCCCUACGGGUAAAUCAAGAACCAAUACAGCCUCCGGUAUAUUCACGUACAAACGAACAACUGUAGUAGGACAACCAAAAUCUUCCUCAAGUGGGAAGACCUCAUCCAUUUCUGAAGAACCAGCAGGUACAAGUAAAUUCUAUCUUGAUGGCAUCACCGAGACUAACUCACAAGUGUCACCGUCUCAAGAUGGACGCAAGGCCGGUUCUUCGCCAAUCAAGAAGGGACGGGCCACCAUAGCCGUUCCUCGAUACUUGCCAUUGAACAGUGAGACUGGUUCCAAGACCAAGCUGCAAGUCCCCUGGCCGCUCAAGAAAUCGGAUUCCUCCUCCAGCAUACCGGACAGAUCAAGUACUGCAUCUCUCCAGUCUCCUGAUAUUCAAGAAACUGGAAGUCCACGAUCUCUCACCCCGACCGAUAAACAUCUUAAGUCUCCUCAUAAGGAUAACCUCCUUAGAGAGAACUACAAGGGUCCUACCCUUCCUCCUAGGUACAGCAAUGGGUCCAGACCCAACUCGUCUGGAUCAGUAACGAGUAGUUCAUCAACCACCAGUUCACGGGAUGACGCGGGGGCUGCCGUGGACGAUCCCAAUGCACCUCCAGCCUUGCCAGAAAGGAAGCCUGCCACUCAGGUUGAUUCCUCCUCUCCACGAUCCAUCUUAAUCGACGCAGCAAAACCCUUACCUCAUGAACUACCAGAGAACGGAGACACCUCCCCACCCCCUCCUCUCCCUACCAAGAAGAUAAGCAUUGGAGGGGCUAACCCCAUUGCCGCCUCAAGACGACGAACAGGGUACGACCAAACGCCCCCGGCGAUACCAAUCAAGAACCGGUCUCAUUCCAUAUCAUCGACCGUCAACAGACUGAGCGAUGGUGAUUACUCCCCAAGAUCCUCCUUAGGCGAGGGAGACGAGGCCCCUCCGCCCAUCCCGAGCCGGCCUGAGAAACGUUCCCUCACCAGCCCAUCUGGUAUGGACGUCGCCCCACUGUCGCCCAGCCAGCAUUCCUCCAUCCCACUAUCGCCCGGUCUGCUGACUCUAGAGCCGAUUCCAAGCUCGCCGCCCCCGCCUAGUAUACCCCCUCCGGAGCUCCCUGAAACGUUACCGGCUCAGGUUGAGAAACUUGCUGGUGAGUUGAAAACUGAAUCUAACGGUCGGUUGAAGGUACCCCCGCCAGUCCCGACGAGACCUAAGUCCAGAAGAGGCUCAACCCCCAACCCUGAGCCAUCGGACAUUGCUUAAUCUAUUUUGAUUUUCAGUAUCAGUAGGCAUAGGCUUUUUUUUUUUACAAUCAGGGAUACAACCCAAGCUAGCUUAACCCUUCGGUGCACAGAUUAAUGCUAAGAAAGCAAAAACAAACACCAUGUUCAACCGUGUUUCUCUCAAAUUUUUCAAUAGCACUCUUUGUUGAACAUCACACCAAAUGAAAGCUCUACAAUCGCUUUAAACAACCGAAUCAGGGCGUUAUAUAUGGGGUUGUAAUAUUUAAGUUAUGACUGUUUAUAAAAGUCAAAUUUAACUUGUUUUUGGUGGUCACUAGCGACCGCCUUGUGCACCAAAGGGUAAAUAUUCACAGGUAUAUUAUCCCCCAUGUUGUUACACACAUGCUCAGACUGAGGCUGUAUGGGCAGACUAGACUUGCUCUUGGGCUUUUCGCCAACGGAGGUUGCAAAAAUAGACGACCACAGUGUAACUAUGUCACACAAAUUUUUAAACGAAGUGUUAAAUUUGUUGGAAACAAAGCAACCAAUCGUGAUGUUCUUCCUACUUCCUAAUCAUGUCCAGAUAUUUUUGCCCUAGGACAUGUUGGAUACAUUUUUUUAAGAAUAAGGCCUGAGAAUUCUAUAAAAACCUAUAAGCUAUGUUUACAUGUACGUCAGCGCUUGUACUUAAUAAAAUGUUCCUGUUUUUUUCUGAGCACCAAAAUAUCAUGCCUGUUGUGUCUAAAGAACAAGCAAUUUGCUUCUGGUGGGUCCAUUCUAAUGUGCGCUAAUUAACUCAGUUUUAUCAUUCACUCUUAGCUUUCUCUACUCAACGGUGGUAAUUGCAUUUAGAAAAUGCUUGCUUGGUGUCCCCUCAUUUCAAAGCUUUUUAAAGUAUCCAAGCGAGGGUUCGUUAGCUAUAUUCUCUCUCUCUCUCUCGUUCUCUUUGCUAAACAGUUCAUGUUUCUUUUUGCUGUUUGACAUCAAAACACAAAAAAUAUACCACAGGUUUAACAGAAGAGGAGUUACGCAGCCUAAGAUAUGACAGUCUGUAAGAUAUCACCAUGACAACAACACAACAGCCAGUGAGGUACUGUUUCACACAUUGUGUCUCCCACGGUGGCGGGCUAACUGAUUUGUAAAAAAAAAAAUCAUUCCUUCUUCAUUCCACACUUGCCGUCCUUUUUUUUUUAAUUCUCCUUUUUUUUUAAUUCUCCUUUUUUUUUUAAUUCUCCUUUUUGCCAAACUGUGAAUGUGCAUUUUUGUUGAGUAUGUAAAAGUUAAAUGUUUCGUGCUGUUCUUGAAAGAGCAUGUGAAAUUUGUGGAGGCAGUUUUUUUUAAAAGAAUGUACAUCAUCAGGGUUCCAGCAUUUUGAACCUGUGCUUAUGGUUAACCAUAAGUGACGACAAAAACAGAAAUUCUCUUGAUUCUAAGCGUUUAGAACAAAACAAAGUUACUUAGUUUCCCUAGGAUUAUUGUACUCUCUGUUGAGAAUGACAGCAGCCAAAUACCUAUAACUUUGUGACGCUGCAGGUAGAGAAGUCUAGAUUUUUUAAUGGCAGACCAUUGUCAGACAGUAGAUGAAUGUAAAGUCAGCUCAACGGAUGAAUCCAAUUGGGAGGCAAUGAUGUUUUAAGCCAGAAGUGCAAUGUUAGCGAAUGGUAAACAUAAUCAUUAACAUUUGUGAACACUGCACUUCCAGCAAAAAAAUGACACUGUGACCUCACAACGAGAUAGGGUCUGCGGCUGUGCCUAUUGCACACAAUAUCAGCUCUGCAGAACACUCUAUUAUUUCCUUUUCUAAGGAGGUCCCCUGUGGGGAUCAAGUUGAACAAAGAAAAAACGUUGUGGGGACCUUUACUCAAUUGUGAAGAGAAAAAAAACAGUAGUGUAAAUGCCUACCCUGUGUUACCACUGGUAUCCCACUGAGGUUUUGCCAAACGCAUUUAUUUUGUUUUUAGCAUUAUUUUUUGCUGGAACGGUCCAUCAUAAUUGUUCCCAGAUGUGACUGAUGUCUUAUACAUGUAGUCAACUACAAUGAACAGACAUGGUUAAUGAUAGAUAAUGCACACUGUUCACGCGACAAACAAAUCAGAUAUAUCAUCGUUUACCAAAACUUUCACUAAAAACAGCACACACUUUGUAGUAAGUGAAUUCAUUUAGAAUUGGAACUUGACUGUUUGUAUUUAUUUGCCGUUACUGUUAGGUCAGGUUUUUGCAGUGAAUUUAAUUUGAGACAGUUUAAAACAGCAAGCUCCUAUAAAUAAGGAAGACACUCAAAGCACCUUGCAUGGACAUGAACUUUAAGUAAUUGUGACUGUACCGAUGCAAUUUAUCACUUCAUUAAUGUUAUAAUUUUUGUUUAUCUGAGGUUGACAUGAAGCUGUCGUUAUCGACCAUUGUAGCAGAGCAAACCUAUAUUUCUUCCUGUGUAACCUUUCUACUGUCUGACCAUUCAAUAUUAUCCACUGUGGGUAUGAGUAAUAUAUGCACUAUGCCAACCCAAAGUAUAAUGUCAUGUGAUGAACGCAUCUACACAUUACACAGUCAUCCCUCCUACUAACUAACCAUUCAAUAUUAUCCACUGUGGGUAUAUGAGGAAUAUAUGCACUAUGCCAACCCAAAGUAUAUUGUCAUGUGAUGAACGCAUCUACACAUUACACAGUCAACCCUCCUACUAACUAACCAUUCAAUAUUAUCCACUGUGGGUAUAUGAGGAAUAUAUGCACUACAUGUAUGCCAACCCAAAGUAUGAUAUCAUGUGAUGAACACAUUACGCAGUCAACCCUCCUACUAACUAACCAUUCAAUAUUAUCCACUGUGGGUAUAUGAGGAAUAUAUGCACUACAUGUAUGCUAACCCAAAGUAUGAUAUCAUGUGAUGAACACAUUACGCAGUCAACCCUCCUACUAAAUGACCAUUCAAUUUUACACACAUUAGUAAAGAAACACCAUGCCAACCCAAGAUAUGGUAGCAUGUGGUGAAUGCAUCUACACAGCCAACCCUCCUACUGCAGCAGGCAUGCAACUUUUCCUUGGAUCAGCUGAUUUCCUCUUUUUAAUCUCAGUUUUACCAUUCAAAAUUGAAAAAAUACUAUACACAAUCAUUGAUCUUUUUUAGUGAAGUUACAGUUGCAUGCCUGAAUACUACAUGUAUAACACUAUUAGGUUUGGAUAAAUCACAUCCUAUCCAGCCAAACCAAACAGUGCAGUGCCAUAGUGUCCACAGGUUUGGAUAAAUCACAUCCUAUCCAGCCAAACCAAACAGUGCAGUGCCAUAGUGUCCACAGGUUUGGAUAAAUCACAUCCUAUCCAGCCAAACCAAACAGUGCAGUGCCAUAGUGUCCACAGGUUUGGAUAAAUCACAUCCUAUCCAGCCAAACCAAACAGUGCAGUGCCAUAGUGUCCACAGGUUUGGAUAAAUCACAUCCUAUCCAGCCAAACCAAACAGUGCAGUGCCAUAGUGUCCACAGGUUUGGAUAAAUCACAUCCUAUCCAGCCAAACCAAACAGUGCAGUGCCAUAGUGUCCACCAUUUUUCAAUAAUGCUGAUGGAGUUCUAAUGGUUGGUCAUUAGAUGCAGUCAGAGGGUUGAAUGAUGUUUUCUUGCAUGUAAAAAAAGGACUUGUAUUCAUUGCAGUGAAGCCCUCCCAUUGCAUCCAUGCCUAUUGACUUUGGUUCACAUCCAUGCCUCUUACUUCAAGAUGCCUCUCUUUUUCCAUCUUAAAGGCACUGGACAUGUUUGGUAAUCGUCAAAGACCAGUAUUCUCACUUGGUGUAUCCGAACAUAUG